GCCACGCCCACCGUGACAGAAAUCUUGAGGCAAAAAUAACUGCAUUGUGAGCCAAACACGGAGGAGUACACACACGGAUAUUUUACGGAGAAAUGAUGUUGCUGUAUAUCCUUCUGUCCGCCUGUGUUGGAACUGUGCACAUGUAUCCUGAUGGACAAGUCAGCGGUGUUUGUUCAUCUAUGGUACCAGCUCACUCGUCUUCAUCUACUCAGACCAGCUCUUCUCCGUACACGAUUACCGCCACGCCGACCAGCUUCAACAGUGGCGAUGAAAUCACAGUAACACUAAGCGGAUCAGUAAAUUUUAAAGGCUUCAUGUUACAAGCAUAUAAAGCGGGAACCAACACACCGAUCGGCACCUUCACCGUGACAAACAAUCAAGCACAAGGACUCACCUGCUCCGGAGUGGCUAAUAGUGCAGUUUCUCAAACAUCAAAAAGCGGGAAAACGUCAAUUCAAGUUAAAUGGAAGGCCCCUACAUCUGGACAGCUCAGCAAUGUAGAGUUCCGUGCAACGUUUGUUCAAGCUUUAUCAACUUUUUGGGUGGGUGUGAAGAGCUCUGCUAUAACAUACACGAGCACAUCGACACCUCUUACUGCAGCCCCAAACAUAAGCAUUUCUAAACCAACAUUGAAUCUUACUGCAGCCCCAAACAUAAGCAUUUCUAAACCAGCAUCAACACCGGUUACUGCAGCCCCGACCGUAAGCAUUUCUAAGCCAACACAAACCGUAUCUACAUCAAAUUCUGGGUGUGGGGUCAGCAAAGUCUGUUUCAGUCAGCCUGACAACUGCGACCCAACUACCAACACUGCCUGUUACUUCAUGUCAGUUCAGUCGUCAUCCAGCCAGUCAGAAAUGCAGGUGCAAAUAGUCGGCCCGGGUAGCGGAUACGUCGCGAUUGGGUUCUCCGAUGACCAAGCAAUGGGCAAUGAUGACAUCUAUAUAUGUGGUAAAGACAACAAUGGCAUUCCCCAAGUGCAACAUGCAUUUUCCACCGGAACAAGGGCUCCAAAUAUUCUCUCACUGGGGAAUGUCUCUGAUAUCAAGACAACGAUUACAAAUGGAGUGUUGAAUUGCUCUUUUACGUCUCGUAACGCCAUCAGCACGGCAAGUAGAGCAGCGUCUGGCAGCCAGUACUACCUUAUGAUCGCUUCUGGACCCGCCAGUCAAGGCAGCAUUCAGGUACACACAACAACAUUCGUCAGCCAAACCAAAGCUGAUUUAGUAAAUCCGACAGUGAUUGGCAGUGAAGCAUUUCCAGCUAUUGUUAAAGCACACGGUGCCCUGAUGCUGAUCGCCUGGAUGACCACAGGCAGUGUGGGUAUGCUCAUAGCGCGCUAUUUAAAGGCAGUCGGCAAGGGGAGAGGAUGUUGUGGUAAAGAUUUCUGGUUUUUGGCUCACGUGAUGUUGAUGUCCCUGUCGAUUAUUGCCACAGCUAUUGCAUUUAUAAUCAUAUUUUCUUAUGCCCAGGAUUGGGCUGGGGGAGCUCAUCCUGUCCUGGGUUGUUUGGUGAUGAUUCUCUCUUUAAUUCAGCCUAUAGUGGCAGCUUUACGCUGUGACCCGCAACAUGAGAAGAGAUUCAUCUUCAACUGGGCUCAUUCAUUCAACGCUCUGGCUAUCAAAGGUCUCGCAGUGGGAGCGAUCUUCACUGGUCUGGAACUUAUUGGUGAAGCACAGGGUGAGGGGUGGAUGCUGGGGGUUAUGGGAGGUUUCGUGGCAUGGGAGGCUCUGAUGUACAUCUUUCAAGAUUUGCACAUGCGUGCCACUAAAAAAGAUUCUACCAUUUGCUCUUUUGGAAUGAUGAACACUGAAGUGAUCCUGCUUGUCCUGUAUAUAUUGGGAAACCUGGCCUUCUUAAUAGCACUUCUUGUUGGAAUCGGCAGAGCUUAAGAAAGCCCAACAUGUCAUAGAAAUCUCGCUGGAUUAAAGCUAUUUUUUACUUUUUAUUGUAUUAUUAACGUUAUUAUGAACACAAACUAUUUGUUUAUUUUCAUCUAAGCCUAAAACAUUUCCAUUUCUAUAGGCCAGUAUAAUAUUAACCCUUUGUAUAAUGCUUAUGUUUUUAUUUUAUCAUUUGUCUGGGUUAAUACCAAUUAGUGAUUUUCUGUCAUCAUUGUGCUUUUGAGGAAGGGAGUGAAGUUUGUGUUGUUUUUAGGAUGCUGUCUCUGCAAUGACUGCACUGAUAGGUGCUCUUUGACAUGAAGUACAAUAGAGAACGUUAAGAGACUGUCAGUCCUCCACAAGAACAGUCAGGAAAUAAGUUCUCCCAAUUUUUUUUUUUUUUUGAAAGUUAGCUAAUUAUUUUGGUUUAGAGAGUGAGGAUUGUAAUAAAUUAUUAAUAGUAAAUGCAUCCAAUAUUUUUAUAAUUUUUUAUACAAAAUCCACUUAAAUAAAAAUGUGUAUAUGUAUGUCUAUGAUGCCAAUAUUGUUGUCUAAUGGAAAACACUUUUGUCAAAAGACUUGAAGUCAUUGCUAUAUUAAAGAGUCUUAAUGUGAUCAAA